AUGAGCGCCCCAGGAGCAUUCUUUUCCGCCAAGAAAGUCAUUAGUACACUGGAUGAAAGCGAGCAACACCUCAACUCUCGUGGUUUUGGACCUUUAUCGGCAAGUGGAUACGACGGGCCCCAUCGUCGAUGCCAGGAGUGGUCUGCUCUGCUCAAGUUUGGCGAAGACAUUAACAAAGAACGCAAAAGGGCCAAACAUGUCAUCCGUGUCAAGACCUUGUUGGAUGCGGUGGAAGAAACCAAGGCACGCUUCCUUUCCAUUAGCCGAUUCACGUCCAUGGGAAAGCCACGGGAGGCCAUUGGGUUUCUCACAGUCGACAAUUUCCGACUCAUGGGCACACGAAUCGAUCGAAUCACAAAGCGAAAGAUGCCCCGACAUUUCAAUCUACUAAAACCAUUGACAUAUGGGGUCACCUACCGAUGCACAUCGCGUGCCCUCGAGUAUUUCCUGCCAUCGGCUUCUUGGCAACGCUUUGAUGCCGUCAAGAGACCAGAAGAGCUAGAAAAACUCCUCGUCAAGAUUGCCAACGACAACCAGGACCUACUCAUCAUUCUCGAAUAUAGAUCAGUCCACAGUUCGUCCGAAUCAGUGGCGCUCUUGAUUGAUUGCCUUCCAAUUCUUCAGUCACCCCAAGAAAAGGAAAUGGCUCGCAAGUUAGGCUUUAUGCAAGCUCUGGCCGAAGAAGCGGAUAAGGCGUUGAACGACCCAGCUGGACGAGAGGCUGCGUGCUGCAUGUUGGCUACCGGUACACUUUGCGGUAGUCAUGGCAGCUGUAGUCACAGUACUGGUAGCAGCACACCAUGCAAUGGAAAGUCGGCGGAAAGGGGAAACUCCAUACAUACCGAUAUCUUGUUGCAGUCGUCGAAUUCACACCAAAACCAACAAAAGACGGAAAAGAUCCUGCACAUGGAUCUAUUCUUCCCGGACUGUCUCCCAAAUUCAUGGAAGCUCAAGUUCGAUUGGUUAAAGGAUGAAAGACUACGUCGCAAGUGCAUUCGACUUGUUUUGAUGGGAAGACUACAACAGGAUAGGAAGGUUACUUCUCCAAUUGAUGUCACCGGCUUUGGAAGGAUUAUGAAUCGCGACGAAGCGACUCGUUGCUGUGGAUUCGAUGACACUAGUCCCAUGCGAGAAUAUAUCAAUGGAAUUCUCGACAAGACGAAUGAAGAUGAAUUCUUUGUUGGUAUCCAUUAUGGCAUUCGUAAAGGCCCGGAAAAGGAUGUUGUGGCAGGCUGCUUUGGACCAGGGCUGGAAGCAAAGCUGCUCUGCCGCACGUACAAGUUUCAGCGCCCAAGACUGAUUGCUCACGACCCUCAACAGAAGGGAGAGAAAAGACUGUUUUCGCUGGAUCUAAGGAGACUGCGCAAAUGCGCCAAUUGUGGCAAGUAUGAGCUGAUCACGGGGUCCUUCCACCGUUGCAAGGUUUGCAAGAGAGCUGCUUACUGCAACAGAGUGUGCCAGGGGAGUCACUGGGAAAGCACGCACAAAGAAGAAUGCGGAUAUGCAUAUGCAGAAGAGAACGACAACAAAAUCUGCAGCAAUUUCAAACUGCCUCUAGUGACCAGGCUUGCUACUGGUGUCCGCAGGAAGAUGAAGAAAAGUCUACCCUUGCCGACCGCUAGCAGGGUUGCUUCUUUCUAA